AUGGCCCUCACUGUCUUGAAAGAGGCCCGGGACCUGGACGAUUGCUAUAUGGUUAAUCGUCGGGAUUCAGAUCCAAUUCGAGAUGGCCGAAAGCAAGAUAUUCGCUUCGAGGCCCAGGACUUCUACGUGACGCGGCCCUUGGGACCAUCCAUGGCCACCCAGACAACUGUGACGGAUAUGCUCGGGGAGGACUGCCCCUCGCUUUGCAGCUUUCUGAGUGGGAACCUCUGCCACCCGUUGAGUCUUGAGAAGGGCGAGCAGAAGACCAACUCCACGAAGAGCCUGGCCGCCGCUGCUGGCGACGGUGAGGACGAGACGCCCUCGGCACGCCAGUUCCUGAUGAGCACGGCCCGGAGAUCGCUUGAUGAAGCUUUCACAGGGGGCAAGCCCAGCGACUCGGAGAAGAAGAGUGGGGCCCGAUGCUUGUCUGAAUGCACGAUCGGAGGCAGCAGCAGCUCGAAGUCCAGCGGCGACGAGGAUUCCAGCUCCUGCCUGGAGUCCGAGGACGUUGACGACUCCGCGGCUUUGUUCGGGUUGUCAAGGAAGGAGCUGCAGAAAAGCGACGAGGUCUGCAAGCUUGACGACUUUCCGAGCAAGCAGCUGGGCUUCGUGUUGUCACAUGUGACCGAGAUGUUGGCUGCAACAGAAGUGUAUGAAUGCGGGGGGGAACUGGAGCCUCGGACUCAUUGUGGUUUCGCUUGGGCUAAGACUUCUGUUGCUCUUAUGAAUUGGGGCCGCUACAUUAACUUCUUUGCAAGGUUCAUUACGGUAGCUGCGAAAGAAACCCUGCUGGCCAACCGCGAGAAGAGGGCCCAGAAGCAACGCCAGAAGGAAGAGAAGGAGCAGUAUGCUUUCGAGGCUCGUGUGGCAAUCUGGACCAAGUGCUUUCGACGGGUAGUUCGAAGCUUAACCUGGGAUGGGCGGAGCGACGAGGGAAAAUCCGCGAUGCAGAAGAAGGCGGCCACGCAGGACCUCAAGCAGCAGAUCAGCCGGCAGAGCUCGGGCAGCGGCAUCGCGGCGCCGAAGGCGAAGAAGCUGCCUCCGCCAAAGCCACCCAAGAGAAAGGGCGAGACCGACGACAGCCGUGUUGGGAAGCCGAAGCUUACGACGACAGAGCCGAGGUCCAAUCUCCGGGCGAUCCGCGACAAAGAGCCGGAGCAGCACGAGGAGAAGGAGGAGCCAGAAGUUCCGGGAGAAGGAGAGGAUGUCAAGACGGGCAAGGAUGAUGAUGAGUUCCUGGGCGAGGACGAUGUGCCGAGCCCCCCGGAGGAGCUGGACAGCGACGACAACGACGAGGUGGCCAACUCAGAGGGGCAGCAGGAGAGCGGCGACGACGAUGAUAUCUUCACGGGCGACUUUGCUUUGGAGAAGGCAAGCAAGGCAGAGCAUCAGAAGGCAAAGGCCAUCCCCGCAAAGGCCCAGAUGUACCUGGACAAGCUGGACAAAGACCUCGCCUCCUGCAUCCCCAAAGACCUCUCCGAGCCACCCCUCGGUCCGGGCAAAGCUUUCUACAACAAGCUCUCCAUCAAAGCCAAAACGGAGUUGGACCCAUGGGCCCAGCGGAUUGCAAGUGGGGAGGCUGCUUGGUGGCAGUUAUGGUCUUCAAUGCUGUUCUAA